UGGCCGCCUCUGUCGCCCAGAAGAGUAGUGGACUCCCCCUGCGGGGGGGAGUCCCCCCUCCCCCACAACAACGGGGGAGGGAGCGCGAGGCCCGCCUGUUAAACGGCGGGCCGGUGCGGGGGCGCCCAGAAGCAAUGGCUCUGCCACAUCCUGGGCGUCCUCCAAGUAAAGCACCGCGCAGGUCACCGUGUGGUUUUAGUGGGUAAGCCCAGCCGCCGCAACGCUAGCGGCGGCACCCCGAUCGUCAUUAGGGGGGCAGUCCCACAUAACCCGGGCCACUUGUAAACUCCCUUCCCAGAGGGGGGCCCGGGUAUCCAUAAAGGAUUUCCACACGUAAAAAAAAAAGAAAAAAAAGGCAAUCAAGGACACGGAUUACAUUAAAAACAUAGACUAUGGAACGGUGGAAGAGUUCUUCAUCACACAACGAGGCUCCAUCACAGACAUGAUACGUGACAUGAAGGAGCCCGCGGCAGGGACGGCGACUGAGGCCGCACCGCAAUCAAGGCGAACGCUUCCUCGCAUCCAACUCCCGACGUUCUCCGGAAAAUGUGACGAGUGGCCGGCCUUCCGCGAUCUAUUCCUGUCACUUGUCUCUGCUGAUCCCUCAGUGACGGGAGUGGAGAGCCUCCACUACCUGAAGACAAGCGUGAAAGGAGAAGCGGCACCGCUCAUUGCGAAUCUACCUACAACAGAGGAGAACUUUAAGAGAGCGUGGGCCAUCCUGACCGACCAUUAUGAGAACAAGCGCCUGCUGGUGAGAUCUUGCUUCGCCUCGUUCACGGCAAUACCAAAGAUGAAGAGUGAGUCAGUGAGUGACCUCAAACGCCUCUUCCAUGGGAUGUUGAGUACCGUCGGAACCUUGGAGAGUAUCGGACGCCCGAUCUCCAAAAGCUCGGACCUCUUUGUGCAUCUUGUCACAGAGACCCUCGAUCCGCGUUCUCGUCGUGAGUGGGAGGCAGAAGUGAGUGGAACCUCCGAGCCGCCAUCGUACGAGACCCUGAAGAGCUUUGUGGAGCGUCGAGUGAGGACAUUGGAGGCACUGCAACCGCACAAAGCCGAAUCAACACUACCAGGCUCAGGCAAGAGCACCAGUGCAACGACAAAGUCCGCACGAUCGCACUUGACGCAAAAACCGACAAGGAAAGGCGGUCGAUGUGCACUCUGCGAGGAAGAUCACUACAUCCUCUUCUGCAGCGAGUUCCAAAAGAAGUCGGCCAAAGAGAAGAAGGGAAUCGUGGAGUCGAAGCAGCUUUGCUUCAACUGUUUCGGGAAGCACCAAGUCGCCGAGUGCCAAUCGAAAAAAUCAAGUGCCGCGUGCAACGCGCGACACCACUCAUCGACGCACGACGCCUACAUCGCCAGCUCGCCCGGCAACAACCCCACUUCGCAUCACGCGCAACGACGAAGCAUGAGGAGCACCACGGUUCUCCUUGCCACAGCACGAGUCAACGUCGCUGACCGUCAUGGCACUAAACAAUCAGCACGAGCGCUCAUCAACUCUGGAUCCGAGAUCUCGCUCAUUUCAGAGGCCUUGACAACGCCUCAGACUACCACGAAGUGCCGCGCCGGUCUCGAUCAUCAGUGUGGGCGGACGUCGCACAGCAAUGGCAAGGUCAGUGUGCACCUCUCCUCUAGGACAUCGAACUUCUCCAUGCCGCUGAACGCCUUAGUCCUGCCGCGCAUAUCGGCUUACGGCGCUCGACUGUCGACGGCGAGCCACGAAUGGGCACACGUACAGGGCCUCUCAUUGGCCGACCCAGACUUCGGCACUUCCGACCCCGUGGAUCUCCUCCUGGGAGCCGACGUCUUCCACCUCAUCAUUCAGGAAGGCCUGAAGAAGGGCGGCCCUCAACAGCCGAUCGCACAGCAGACGGCGCUUGGCUGGAUCCUCUCAGGGAUUGUACACGGCACUCAACAACAACUUCCUGCCCUGGCUGUUGAGAAUAGAUCCAUAUUCAUAUUGGUAAUCUUGUUACUCUGCCCUUAGUUCUUUUUGUUUUUCUUAAGUUGGUACUAUUGUCCUACAUGACUAGCCUUUUUUUUUCAACCACGCUCUACACGCUGUAUGUAAGAUGUACUACGAGCGCUACCGCUGUACCGUUUAUUUUAUAAUACACGCAUAUAUAUAUAUUGAGAACGUUGCAAGGCAAGAUUAAUUUGCGGUUCCCUCACUCUUGAAUACGAAGGUAAGCAUUCUUCACUGGCCCAUCAGUGCUGCGUCGA